AUAUCAGUAAUUUCACUAUUCAAGAAUUGAAGGAAAAAAAAAAUGGGGUUUUCAAAAAUUACACUUUUCAUUGCAUGCAUGCUUGUGUUUUCGAUGUCUCUGUGCUGUAACGCUCAGAACUCCCCACAAGACUUCCUGGACGCGCACAACGCCGCACGCGCCGCCGUGGGCGUGGGGCCCAUGACGUGGGACGUCACGGUGGCAGGGUAUGCUCUGAACUACGCCAACAAGAGGGCCGCCGACUGCAGCCUCACCCACUCCAACAGCUUCCAGUUCGGCUACGGCGAAAACAUCGCCGCCGGUGGCGGCCCCUUGACGGGGAAAUCCGCGGUGGCCAUGUGGGACGCCGAGAAGAAAUACUAUCACCACGCCAGCAAUUCUUGCAGCGCGCCGGCGGGGCAGUCGUGCGGGCACUACACGCAGGUGGUUUGGAGAAAGUCGGUGAAGCUCGGAUGCGCUAGGGUUAAGUGCACUAACGGUGCUGGACACUUUGUUACCUGCAACUAUUCCCCUCCGGGUAACUUUAAUAACGAGAGGCCUUACUAAAGUUAUUUGUAACUCUAUGUGUGUGAUUUUCUUGAAAUAAGUUGUCAUACAUGCAUGCAUAUAUCAUAUAUAUCCAUGCAUGCAAUAUUAAUAAAUCACGAGUUUGAAUGUAACGCAUCUACAUACAUGUUUUUGCAUGUAGCUUAUGUAUGUAUCUAUGUCAAUUUUUAUGUAUAAAUAAAAAGUAUAAAUAUUGUGUGAA